AUUUUUUUAUUACUAUUGCUAUUACUGGUUUUUUAUUUUGUAAUCUUUUUUAUCCUUUUCCGUAAAGUGAGAGAUUGCUUCAUUUUGAGACAAAACAAUUCAAUUUUGUCACCUUUUUUCAAAACUUUUUUUUUCAUACCGAAGACGAUCUAUUGUUGAGGAACCUAUUUGAUUCAUCAAAAAGACUCCGCGAUGACGGCCAAUGAAUUGUAUUAUACUCGUCUUGCGGAUGAACUUGAAACACUAUUGGAUACCUUUUGUUCCGAACAACAGCAACAGUUCUGUAAGACGCAACGGAUUGCUUCGCCACAACAAUUACAGCAGAUCCAGCAAACCAUUCAUCAAGUCCGAGAACUGAUGCCCGGCGUAGGCCUGAUCCGUACCGCCAACGGCGAAAACCUCCGUCGAUCACUCGUCCAGGUUGCUGAACAAAUGUUGGAAAAAUACCAGGAGGCAUGUCACAAAGGCCGCAUCCAGGAACUUCCUGAAACCCAGGGAUGGCUGUCCGAAUGGCAAGACCUGAGUCAUCAGUUUGACUUGAAGGCGAAAGAGCAAGCGAAUUUGAAGCAACUCAUCCGCAAUCUGAAGCAGCUUCGUCAAGCGUGGAGGAAGACACGAGAUAUCCAUCUCAUCGUUCACUCAAUGCUGGCCACUUUUGAGUUUGGACCCGGAACUCAUGUGGUCAUGAUAGACCAUCAUAACUAUCAUCAAUUGGGAUUCAAACGGCGGUCUGUCGGACGUCGGCAUAUUGUGUUUGAAAAUGAUCGCCUGUCCCGGCAAGAUCAACGUCAAAGUAUUGAACAUUUAUGCGAACGAUUUGCCGAUAUAUUUGCACAGAAUGCACAACAAAAUCUUUUGCAAAUCGACGCACAGUUGUGCCUUGGCCAAUUGACCAAUCUUAGUAAACGGCUGAGGCAGCUGCAUAACCAGGUUCUUCUGGUCGAUUUUGAGAUGAACGGCCACGAAACCGAACACGAUCCUUAUCCCAGCGGCAUUCAUCCCACCGACAAUAAUCCUCCAGCCACCGAACAGGCUUCCGUGCACCGGCCUUCGUCCGAUCUUCGCUUGCGUUCAACCAUGCGCCCUUCCUUUUGUUAUCCGGAAGAUGACCUUGCCAUGAAUAACAUGACGUUACCCCUGUUUAUUCCCUCACCAUGGCAGUGGGACGAUCUGUUGAAGAAACGGAAACCUUAUCGACCGAUGCUGCUUGGACUUUUGAGACGGCGACGGGACCAGCAGCAUCAUGGGCCCCUCUUUGGACGUGUCACACGAUUCUUUCGACCAUUGGGCAGCAAAGCGGCCCAAUUGCCGCCGGAGCCACCCGAGGCGGACAAGGCGUUAUUUGUCAGUGUUUCUGUUGCAUCGUUAACCAAGCAUUUCUGCCGCGUGGGCCGACAAUUCUAUGACAAUGUGAUCAACCAUGUCCAGUUACGCUACCGUCAGGACAUCCAUGUAUUGCGCGCUCUCGGCAACGAUCUUGUGGAAAUCCAUAAUGCGUUGCAACUCCAAGCGUCGCGGUUAGCCAUGCAGCGGAUAGUGACCUUGUUACACGAAAUCGCCUCCAUGGAGGCAACCGUGGACAGCGGUAUGGACCAUCAGAGUAUGGUUUGCCAUCAACCGCAAGACUCCCAAGGCCAAGAAACUUGCAUUGACGCUGAUGAAGCGACUUCCUAUUAAAGCAUGCAUGUAUUAUACUCUCUCUCAUGCUCUCCAAAAAAUGAAAUGCCCACUGUAUCUUGUAUUUUUAUCUUGCUGUGUUUGUCCCAUCCUCAUCUGUUGACAAUGAACGUUCUAGUAUUAGCAGAAAUAUGACGAUUUUUUGGUUUAACG